AUGAAAAGUAAAGAAACUGAUAAAAAGAUUAUUAAAGUUACUACAUCCUGUACCAUAUGCGAGGAAAAACCUGCUUUAUGUGUAGGUGAAGCGAGUAAUGCGAGUAUCGGUAGCGGGGAGGGCACUGGAGAGGAGGACGACGAUACGAAUGGAAAGAAAAAUCAAAAAAAGAGAGGCAUAUUUCCCAAAGUAGCAACAAAUAUACUCAGAGCGUGGUUAUUUCAACAUUUAACGCAUCCGUACCCUUCGGAGGACCAGAAAAAACAACUAGCGCAGGAUACUGGCCUUACGAUACUACAAGUUAAUAAUUGGUUCAUCAACGCGCGGCGGAGAAUCGUACAACCGAUGAUCGACCAAUCGAAUCGAGCAGGACCAAGCGGUGCUUACAGUCCAGACGGUACGAUGGGCUACAUGAUGGACGGACAGCAAAUGAUGCACCGGCCGCCUGGUGACCCAGCUUUCCACAAUCAGUAUGCGCAUUACCCUGAAUACUAUGGACAUCAUCUGUGAGGUUCUCUCCCUAGUGUCACAACGACAAUGGACAUAGAAAUAUGCAACUCUUAAAUGUGAUUCUUCUUUGUACAAAGUGUAAAUGUAGUGCCCCAGUGUUUGUUAAAAAUAA